AUGGACGAAGAAUAUGCUCUUUCCAGCAAUGAGGAGUCAGUAUUGCAGCAGCAGAGACUUUCCUCUCGAAAUAAUGACGACCUUUCCGGCAACGAUGAGGAAGAGGUUCUUCAUCGGCUCUGGAGAGACCAGCCGUCUUGGAUUGCUGCCUUGGGGGACGUGGAUCCGUUUGCCAGUCAAAUGCCAACUCUCUUUCCGUACGAACUGCCGACAGGGCUCAGCAUCCAAGGCCGAAGGAUGAGUGGCUCUACGAUUGUUACUACCACGACAGCCGCAACACGCACAACAGAACCGGUCAAGAAUUUGUUUGGGAAAAAAAGAUCCAGUCCACAGCUACAAAUCCUUCUAGACCGUCUGUAUGAGAACUGCCUGGACAAGCCGAGGCCAUUCUUACACAAACAGCACCGAGUCUACGCGACGACAACGACAAACGCCAGCGCCAGUACUAGUGAAGAAGACACACGGCAACUUUCGCAAUUGGAAGUGGAAUUACGCGAGUUGGAGGAACGAUGGAUGGACCCGCAAUUCACACUGGAUAAUGCCUUUCGCACCAAAAGCGAAUUUGAAAUGGCGUGGACCAACCAGAAAAUUGCCGACUUGGCCAUGACCAUGGGACUGUUCCCCCGCGCAGCUAAGGCGCUCCAAGACCGAUUGCGGAUUCUCCAGAGUAUUCACUAUCGUGGCAGUUCGGCAGUCAUUCGGGAUGAUAGUGUGUUGGCGCCUGAAAUUAGGAAAUGUUCACAAUGA